GAACGGUCUGCAUCAUGAGCAGCUCCGACGAUGGCGCCGAAUUGAUGGCGACGUUUAAGAGCAUGUCCCGUAAACACAAUGCUGCUACCCCGUCGCGAAAGCAGCCAUCCAUGUCACCAGGCUUGUUCAUAUCGGACGAGAGCUCAACGGGGGGAAAAGAGACAGCAAUACAAAUGGCACGGCCGCUAAAACACGUCACUCGGAAAGCCGUGGCUGUCCAAGUAACACCGGUGCAAAAUCGGAAAGAGUAUACAUACUACGAGCCGAAGGACUCCGUUGAACAAAUCUUGCGAGAGUAUACGCGGAAAGGUGACUUGCUUUUCGAGGUAAAGCUCUCUGAUGGGACUGAAAAGACACUCUCUUUCGAAGAACUACUAGUCAUUGAGAACGGAUCCAUCGCCCUCGACAACUUUCAGCAAGACGGCGCUUCACCUAUCAGUGACGGCUUUCAAGAACGGAGAAUGGAGCUACGUGAGAAGCGUACAAAAACAAAAAGCGAUGGCUUUCUCGAUGUCUCUGCAAUCGAUUUUUCUUCUGAUGAGGAUGACCUUGCAUUGCAGUCGAAGAAGCCACGCCAGAGCCGAAUUCGCGCCCUCAACCAACGUGCCACUGAUAGCAGUCGAUCCAGGACCCGAUCCCGCCGCAGCGGGCUUCAAUCCGACUCUAAUGAGAGCUCUGAAACGGCAGGUGGACCACGCCGACGCAAACGCAAACCCAAAGUCCAAGAGCCUACUCGACGUUCUGGUAGGCAGCGGACAAAGCUACAAGAAUACAGCGAAGAUGACGAGGAUGAUCUAAGUGAAGUCGACAUUCUCCGCCCCGAUCGUCUUCAAGGCCAGCGAAAGAGGAAGCGAGCUGGUCGUUCUACGCAGGUACUCGAGGAGGCCCCUCGUGUAGGCGUCCGACAGUCUGAUAGAGCCACACGAGCGCAGAACAACAUGGAAGAAGCAAACAUCAACGACAUAUACCGAUCGGACUCCGAGCCCAAGCAACCCGCUCUGCCCAAGGUUGUCAGUGUUCGAGAGGUGUUCCAGACUCUUCCCCGAAACAAUCUCUUCAGAUCGCGGCACAUUGAAGCCUGUGAGACUUGUGGAGAGGGACCAGCCGCUGCGCCAUUGGUAUAUUGUCAGGGUUGCUGUCUCUCCUACCACAAGAAUUGUCUUGGAGCUCGGGCUACUCGGGACCACCUGGUCACCAAAAUCGGAAAGGAAGAUUUUGUUCUUCAGUGCCGACGAUGCAUUAACAUCUACCGCAAGAAGGAUCAUACUGCCCCAGAUCUUGCAAUUUGUCAGGAUUGCCGGCGUCCCGGGCCAUCCUGCAAAGCAUUCAGGCCUCGGAAAACUACCGCACAGGAGCAAAAGGAUCGUGAAGACAAUAGAGGGGAAGAUCCAAUAACCGCUGUCCCGUCUCAGCUCAUUAACAAUGCGCACAACGUUCUUUUCCGAUGUACGAAGUGUUCGCGGGCUUACCACUACCACCAUCUUCCUCCGCUCUCAGCAUACUCCAUGGACAUAGUUCGUGAUGAUGAGGAGACUGCAGAUGAGCGUUUCCAUGAGUAUGCGAAGAAAUGGUUAUGCAAGGACUGUGAAGAGACAAGUGAACGAAAGGUCUCAGGACUAAUUGCUUGGCGACCUUCGGAUGUCGAGACAUACCGCCCAGGUUCCUCCUGCGACAUGUUGAACGAAGACGAUAAGCAAUAUCUCAUUAAGUGGGAGAACCAAUCAUACUUCCGUGCAUCCUGGCACUCAGGAGCCUGGACGUGGGGAGUUGCGGCUCCCGCCAUGCGAAAGGCCUUCUACAAGCGAGAAGACGGACCCAAGAUGAGGACAGAGGAUGCCAUUCCUGAGGACUUUCUUCGCAUCGACAUCGUUCUCAGCGUUAAGUUUACCAGCUUUGUUGAUGUACGAAGUGAGGAAAUCGACAAGGCUCGUAUUAAAGAGGUCGACACUGCCCUCAUCAAAUACAAAGGUCUCGGAUAUGAGGACGCUGUCUGGGAGAAGGUUCCAACAGUAGAGGAUGGCGACCGAUGGCUUGAUUUCGUGACAGCCUAUAACGAUUGGGUUGCUGGUCGAUAUGUUAGGUACCCAAAGCAAGGUCCUCUGAAGGCUCGCCUCGAAAAAGCCCGUGGAACCGCGUUCGCCAAGUUAGAGAAGCAGAAGCAACCAGAUACUCUUGUCGGUGGCGAGCUUAUGAAGUACCAAAUCGACGGAUUGAAUUGGCUGUACUAUCAAUGGUACUCACAAAAGAAUGGUAUCCUUGCCGACGAGAUGGGGCUUGGAAAGACGAUUCAAGUCAUUGGCUUCAUGGCGACCUUAGUCCAAGAGCACAACUGCUUCCCAUUCCUAGUGGUCGUCCCUAACUCGACCUGUGCAAACUGGCGCCGAGAGAUCAAGCAAUGGGUUCCGUCUUUACGGGUUGUGACAUUCUUUGGCUCCUCUGUAGCACGAGACAUGGCCUACAAGUACGAGAUGUACCCCGAGGGAGCGAAAGAGCUUCGAUGUCACGUCGUUGUGACUUCGUACGAGGCUGCCACAGACGAUAGCUGCAGGAAAAUAUUCCGUGGUGCCAACUGGGCAGCUUUGAUCGUUGACGAAGGUCAACGAUUGAAGAACGAUAAGAGUCAGCUCUAUGGUGCAUUAAACGCUAUAAAAGCACCCUUUAGGUUACUUUUAACUGGCACUCCGCUGCAGAACAAUGCUAGGGAGCUCUUUAACUUGCUACAGUUCCUUGAUGAUACUAUCAAAGCCGCAGAACUGGAAGAAAAAUACGCUAAGAUGACAUCAGAAAACAUCCGAGAACUGCACGACCAAAUCCGACCCUUUAUCCUGCGGCGUACCAAGGCACAAGUCCUUACGUUCCUUCCUCCGCUCGGACAGAUCAUUGUUCCUUUGUCAAUGAGCGUUCUGCAGAAGAAUCUCUACAAGUCGAUUCUUGCCAAGAACCCAGAUUUACUCAAGGCACUGUUCACAACCACGGCCCUUAAACAGCAAGAACGAGCCAAUCUGACCAAUAUCCUGAUGCAACUGCGAAAAUGUCUCUGCCAUCCAUUCGUUUACAGCCGAGAGAUCGAAGAGCGGACUGACAUUGCAGCCGUUUCUCACCGCAAUCUUGUGGAAGCAUCUGCUAAGCUGCAAUUUCUCGAACUGCUACUCCCAAAGUUGAAGGAGAGGAAUCAUCGUGUCUUAAUCUUUAGUCAAUUCUUGGACAUGCUUAGCAUUGUGGAGGACUUUUUAGAUGGACUACAAUUGACUUACCAGCGUCUCGAUGGUACUAUGGGCUCGUUGGAGAAACAGAAGCGCAUCGAUCAGUUCAAUGCCCCAGAUUCCCCAUUGUUCGCCUUCUUGCUCUCCACACGAGCUGGAGGUGUCGGAAUCAAUCUUGCUACUGCAGACACUGUCAUCAUCCUCGAUCCAGACUUCAAUCCACACCAGGAUAUCCAAGCAAUUUCUCGGGCACAUCGUAUUGGCCAGAAGAAGAAAGUCCUUUGCUUUCAGCUUAUGACACGAGGUAGUGUUGAAGAGAAGAUCACUCAGAUUGGAAGGAAUAAGAUGGCUUUGGAUCACGUUGUGGUAGAACAACUCGACGCUGAGGAUUUGGAUGAGAAGGAUGUGGAGUCUAUGCUCAAACACGGCGCAGCAGAGCUCUUCAAGGACGACAAUGGCGAUCACGAUAUCCGCUAUGACGAAGCCUCGAUCGACAAACUGCUCGACCGGAGCCAGAUCGAGAACACCAGGACGAGUGGGGAUGAUUCAGCAGAGUCCCAGUUCAGUUUCGCUCGUGUGUGGGCCAACGAUCAAGGCACUUUGGCAGACACUCUUGACGCUUCAGAGGAGGAGAUUGGCCCCGACCCUGGUGUUUGGGAUAAGAUUCUCAAAGAGCGCCAAGCUGCUGCAGCGGCUGAGGCUCUCGCUCGCGCGGAUGCCUUGGGUAGAGGAAAGCGGGCUCGAAUGACAGUCGAUUAUAACCAGGUCGAACAGGAAGCUGCCGCUGAUCUCGCCGACCCCUCACCCAUCAAACCAGAGAAACGUCGCAAGAAGAAGAAGAACAUUGGUUCAGACAGUGAUACCGAUUUCCAAGCAGACGAAGCUGAGGAAGAGGAUAGCGCUGCCGAGGCUGAACAUUACGCAGAUGACGAACCCGACAUUCUAGAUGAUGGUUCAAAGCGCGAAAAUAAGAGUGUUGGCCAGAUUCUUGGACCCACCUACAAGCAAAACAGCGUGGGUACGUCGAAAUUUCCAUCAAUUACCCUCAGCAACGCUUCUCCGAAAUCUGUCGUUAAAUCAUCACUUCGAGCUCCUUCAUCUUCAGUCAAAUCACCAGUCCCUCCCCCGCCGACCAAAGUCAAGUACAGCAAGAAUGGCAACCAUCAAGACUCAAUGACUCAACCCUCUUCUUCUCAACAUAUUUCGCUACUUGAUGAUCACAAACCGGAUCAGGGUCCUAACUUGCAGCCUGCAGUCAAACCAUUUGCCCGUGCUCAUUUCCCAGUCCGCUCACUGCUCCAGCCAGCCUUUGGGCAAUACGAGAACCAAAUGUGUUACGCAUGCCACACCCAACAUCCCCGCGGUGCCUGCCCUCUCAAGGUUGCGGGCGCCGAGCACUGCGGCCUCUGCGGUCUGGCGCAUUUUGGUCACGCACGCACCUGCCCACAUAUCAAUUCGGAGACACAGGUUCGCGACAUGCUUGAAGCUCUCAAGACCUCUCCCGAGAAGAAGGAACUUGUCGAAGCAGCAACGAAGUACUUGCGGGGUGUCAAAGGCCACCUCGUGCAAAAGAAGAAAAAGGAUAGGGAGAAGGCAAUGAUGCUUGCUACAGGAGGUCGGCCACUGCCGCAUUUGCAAGCUCCUCCGGCUGUGGCCAAUGAAGAGGGACUGCCUAUGCAAAUGCAGCAGUAUCCGGGCCCGCCGAGACGUGAACUUCCCCAGUCACUUCAAGGUGGGGUACAUACAGCGCUAGCUCCGGGCAGUGUGGGUAGUGCUUUACGUGCUAGCGUCCAGGGUGCACCUGUUCAAUCGCAGCAACGACAACAACAGCCAGGUCAACUGUCGGGGACUAAUAAUGCUGGUAUCCCUGAUCACGUAGUCGAGGGUGCUUUGAGGAGAUACUUGUCGCAGAGAUGAGUUCACGAAAUAUACGAAGGCGAUUGCUUCACUUUCUAGACGGAUUCAUGCUUCGAUUUUGGGAUCUGCAUCCUAGUUCAUGGAUAGGACCUCCUAUCAACCUGCAUGCCCCCAUACGCAGUACUCUGGAUUUUCACUGGUGUUUUGAAGAGGCUUUAUAGUUGGAAAGCAAGGGCCCCAUUCUAGC